AUAUAAAAGUCGUACAUAGUGAGAUUAGACUGGGAAAGGAAAAAAGCAAAUAAAAGAGAAAAAGUAUUAGCUCUUAAGAAGACAAUCGGGAUGUAUAUUUGAUUUGCAUAGACAAUUGUUCACUGUGGGUUGUCAAUUGGACGCAAACAAGCUGCCAAAGCCACGACAAUAUCCGAUAUACCAUCUCGAUUCCUGAAUCUCGUCAGUCUAGGUGUGUGUCAGACAAGGAUAUGCAUCCAACAAGACAAAUGGAUGGAAAAACAUACAAACUACGUGCCUCUUGCAACGCCUGCAACGAGUCCAAAGUACGCUGCAGCCAGACCAAACCAACCUGCGCUCGAUGCGAGAGAAACAAGACAACCUGCGUCUACGGCUUGUCCCGUCGGACUCACAAAGAUGCGCCCCCGAUCUCCUUGUCGCAUUCGGGUUCUCAGCCACAUUCGCAUUCCGGGUCGAGACGCUCUUCCGUACACAUCCCGAACGCUGCUGCUACUGCUACGACCACCGCCAAUUACACCGGCACUACCACGCCUUUUAUGCCACUGCAUGAAAACCCUAUGACAUCUUAUCCCCCGCAACCCAGCGUUGACCAGUUCUUUGCACAACAGCAACCGCACCACCAACAGCCCUCCACAGCAGGUCCAGGAGCAGGGAUCCUAUCACCCUCCAACCUCGAUCUCCCCAGCUUCUUGACCCCUCUUCCAACGCCCAACGAAGACCACACCAACUCGCUAUUCUCAUCAUUCGGCAACUUCGCCGCCGGCGUGAACGGCAGCGCGAGCAACAUUCUCACCCCGCUCACGAGCACCCCCGGAACCGGUACCAGUGCUAGUACUAGCACGGAUAUGUUCCAGCAGCCACAGAUUCAGGAAUGCACUUGCCACGCGGGUGUUAUGGAGCAGCUAGCGUCCAUGUCCCAGCCAGCCCGCAAUGAGGAAAGGAGACUGUCACUCGACGUGCAGCUCUCGCAGCUGAAGCGGUGCAUUGCAGCCUCUGAAGCGUCUAUGGGAUGCGGCCACCAUGGAAAUGGGGAUACUGAGCCGAUCAAUAUUAUUACCGUGGCUAUGCUGAUUGGACGUGCUAUCGAUGAAUUCGAAUUGAUGCUCAACGAGCGGAUAGGCCGUGGAUCGCCAAUGUCUGAAAGAGAAAGGAGUCUGUCUCUGGAUGAAGCAACAAUCAACAUCCGAGAGCCCAGACUAUGUUGGGGGGUGUUGGAGUUGGAAGAUGACGAUGAGGUGGAGUUAAGACAGCGGCUGUAUCUGCUGUAUUUCCGGAAACUCGAGCGCUUGCUCAGUCAGUUGAAUGUGUUUGUUCGCACGUUGCAUGAUUCAAGAGGCGGCGGGUCUUGCAAUCCCACGUUCAUCAUGGCGUGCGAAUAUAUCCACCUGUGGUUGGAGAAGAAAGCCGACGGCGUCAAGAGGUUGUUCCCCGCUGGAACAGAGGACAAGGGAGGGUCAGAUUUGUAAUUAGCAACAAGAUCUCGGGUAAUACAUCUGGAGGUAUACUGAACGAUAUAUGCCUAACCUUCUCAUACAUCUCCGGCGCCAAAUACGUCGUCACCUCAAUCUCUCCAUUCUUCGCCAACAGACAAGCGAUGUACCGUUGCAGUCCCCGAUCCUUUGAUACCUCGCGGUGCUCGGCCAGAC